AAACAUUACACAUUGCGGCUAUAAAUAUGAAUGAUAAACAACGUUCAAGGUUGUGGAGGAAAUGACCAUAUAUGGCAUUCCAAUUUGAACACCGUAUUGGAGACCAUGUAUCUAAGACAUUCUUAACGUACCAUUUGAACACAAUACCCGGACAGUUAAACAUUAAGCCUGAAUGUUUGCAUGAAGUAGGACGUCUUUUCGCAAACAAUUAUUAAAUUCUACAAAAUAAAUCCAGCAAUGGAAGCGAGCUCACGAGGCAAUGCAUAUGUGAAGAUAAAUGGACUCUGGGUAAUUGCAUCCCUGGGGUCUGACCCUGACAGUUCAAAAGGGAAGUUCCGAGACAAUAGGGACGAACCAUCACACCAGGACAACAGUCAAAGGAUCGUAACUGUACAGAUUGACAAUAGCAAUGGUGUACACAGUAUACCAUUGCCAGUGCUUCGAAAUAUAACGGGUAUUGGACGACAUAGAAAAACUCAUGAAAGUGUGAGUACUGCUCUGGAGAAGUUGAAAUUUGAAGAAUAUACAGUACAACUCAGAAAAUUUUCCUUUUGUUGUGAGUUCUACAGAGUGUUGAUGAAGCAUAAACUCCAUAGAUUAAGUGGGACUGUGCAGAAAUACAUAUUUCAUAUGUUGGAACAGAUGACAAACACUGCCAUAUCACUGGAACUUUUUAUAUCACCACUGAGGCAAACCCUAAAAGAAGUAUUUGAAUGUGUAAGUGCAAAUGAACGCUCAAUGAUUGGGAGCAAAUCCAUGAGAAGAAAGCAUCAUGAUCUGGUCAGCAACUGCCUAACCAGGAUAUCUCUCUUCCAGUAUACAGAGAGAGAAGAUGAUGGAAACCUCAGUUUACUGGACCUACCCAAAGAAUGUCUCAUCAACAUAAUCAAGAAACUUGAUCAACCACAUGACAUCAUAAAUGUGGCCUUGACCUGCUCUACACUGGAGGUCAUUGCCAUGGAUAAUGCAGUAUGGGAAUCCAUGUGUUUCCACCACUUUAAUGAUAAGGAAAUUGGAGACUUUGUCAGCCAUAUGGAAUUAUACAGUGUUGACUGGCUGGAGGUCUUCAAGAUUUGUAGCAAGAAAUCCAAAAGUUUGAAGAAGUUGUAUGGGGAUCAGCUGGUUUUGUGUAACAACUGCAGAGGGUUGUUUUGGAGGACUGUCGGCCAUGACUGUAUGAACCCAGAUAAACAGCCAUCAAAUACACCAAUUUCUCCAGCCGAGUUCUUAGAUCUGCUCAACUUAUAACUUCAUCUGCUGGACGUGUAUUAACUAGACACUUGUUUGUGUGUGUGAUGCGAACACUUGUUUGUAUGUGUGAUGCGAACACUUGCUUGUAUGUGCGAUGCGAACACUAGGGUACUUAUCAUUUCUAAUGCUACAAUUCUAAUGCUAGAAGUUUUGUCAAUGUUCUGUGUGUAUCCCAUAGACCUGCAACAGACAGUUUUCGUGUAACUAUAAUGUAGCCUCUACCGUUGCAAUAUGUGAACUGGAUACGUCACAAUCAAACAUUAGUUUUCUCUAAUCAUGCUUUAUCAUUUUCUCUUCAUUUUUUAUCCAUGUGUGUAGUAAGCAUUAGUUGAAGAAAACUACCAAUCUUCAUUCAACAAAACUUUAACUAUACCCCCCCCCCCCCGGCAAACAAAAUUUAAGGGGGGAUAUACUUGAUUCAUAAAUGAAACUUUGGCGUGAAUCAUUUAUUUCGCAGAGAUUCAGAUCUUUAUCCCCCUCAAAAUGUAGAGAGAGAAAACAUCCAUAUAAACUUCCUUGAAUGUUAAGAUCAAUCACAGGUGCAAAUCUUCAUUAUUUAUAAAAAGAUUCUAUUCAUUAUUUAUGAAACAACACUGAUCUUAAUGCGUUAAAUCCAUGAUCCCCGCUUACGAUUAUUGUCACGGUAGCUCAGUGAUAGAGCGUUCGCUUUGUAACGGGAUGGUCGUGAGUGCCAGUCCCGCUUGUGUCAUGGCCGCGUCAAACCUAAGACGUUAACAUAGUGAUUGCUCCUUCGCCAAACGCUCGACAUUUAGAAGUGAGAAUCACGGGUCUUUUAAAUUUGACCUUAAAAACGGAGGUCGCGGCAGGUGUUGACACGUUAAGGACCCCUCACUGCUACGGCGCUGAGCAUGCGUCUAAAUUUGUGGUACUUCACGUACAACUGGUGACGUCGCAAUGAGUGAAAAAUUCUCGACGGGACGUAAAACAAACACUCUUAUGAUUACCUGAUAAAAUAUUUCUCAGCGUUAAAAUUAAUGGUAUCAGUCCAUGUGUGUAUCAUUUGAUAAUAUAGUAUAGUAACAAUGGUAUACAGCUGUUAUAUUCUAUGGUUGUUGUUCACUAAGAUAUUGUCGUUGAAAAUAUCAGUGUAUUUAUAUCAGUAGUUCUUAUUAAGUUUGAGAAAUAAAAGUUUUUAAAGAUA